AUGGAACCGGCAAAGGACUUACCUAAGCUAGAUGAGGUGGUCCGUGUUACACCACCAACGCCACCUUUGACGCCACCUUUGACGCCACCUUUGACGCCACCUAAAUCGCAUUUGAAGCUUGAGCUUGAACCAUCCAACUUGAAUGAAGCUUCCUCGGACUGGACUAACUAUAAUGCGAUAAAGGGCCAAGGACAGGGCCCGGGUCCGAGUCUGGGCUCGAGUUCAAGCUCCGACGAAUUGAAAUCCAUCACAGAUUCACUCCGAGAGUUUGCGACGAUUACCAUUGGUACCCCGACCAAGGCCGCUAACCUUUGCUCGAUUUCACGCGACUCCUGCCGCUUGGAUAGUAUUGACUGCGAGUUUGAUGUGAUUCACUCGCCAUCCCUUCCCAAGGAUUUCGUGUUUCCAGAUGCCAACUACGUGAAUUCGAAAGCUGAUCGAAAGAAUUCUCCUACCGUACUUGACGACAGCAACUUGAAGCAGAGCAACGCCGGGGUGUAUUACACUCCAAUCCGACCACGCAGAGUCCUUACCGACCCGGUUCAACACUUCGAUACUUUCCUUAACUUGGACAAUUCAGAAGAUUUGGCCCAUCCACACGAGUGGGAAGGCGAUUCGGACAGCGAUUGUCCGUCGGACAAAGCGGACAAGUCGGACAGCUCGAACAGUUCGGACGCAACUAUCACACCUGUUUCGGUCGCUAUUCGAUCAGCAUCCCGCGCAUUUGAAGAGAAAACGACUAUUCGAGGCAAAAAUUCGAAUGGAAUCCAAAACCCGCUAAAUGCGAUUCAAUUGUCCGAUCCUUUCACCAGUUUCUCCACCGCUGGUUUCUCCCAAAGCCCCCCGGCUUUAGUCGAUGAAUCUAGCGGCAACGAGACUUUAUCCUCGGGUGCUUUCGGGAAUAAGAAUAUGGCGCCCAGCCAUAUCGAGAAGAACGAUGCGAUAGACAUUCGCGAUGGGACUUCUGUUGGCCCACAUUUGGGAACCAUCAAAGUCGGCCACCAGUAUAUUUCCGAGUCUCAUAUUCGCCGCAUGCUCACCGAGAAACGAUUAGAUGCCGCUAGAGAAGCCAACUACCGUUUACAAGGUGUUCAGGUCAUCGAGUCGACCAGAGAGGCUCUGUUGUUACCGGUGAAGACGUACAAUGCCGCGUGCACCUUUUAUCAUCGAUUCCGUCUGGAACAUCCUAAUACGGAUUACAACUACACUGAAGCUGCUCUGGCUUCUUUAUUUGUAGCCUGCAAGGUCGAGGAUACCUUAAAGAAGUCGCGCGAGAUUGCGUGUGCUCAUCACAAUCUGAAGAACCUGGAUCAUCCCACAACGCAAGAUGACAAGAUCUUCGAUCAGCCAUCCAAGGUAAUCAUUGGGCUUGAGCGAUUCAUAGUGGAAGCUAUCAACUUUGAUUUCCGUGUUCGGUACCCUCAGAAGAUUCUUGCCAAGAUCAUUAAAAAGGUCCUUGGAAAUCAAGUUAACGCCCCGGCGUUCUUUCACAUAGCUUUCAAUAUGUCCAUCGACAUGUACAAGACCUAUGCUCCUCUCAAGCAUAGUUCUUUUACUUGUGCUUUUGUCCUUGCGCAGCUGACUGCACUGAUUCUCGGUCAGUUCAUUGACGAGUUUCAAGCACUUGACCCUCUUGAUUGGCACACAGAUAAGCAAUGUGUAGCUGAAGCAAGUCUCGAUCUCUUAGAUCUUUAUACUCAACACGGCAAGACGACCAAGGUUGGUCCAAUCUUUGAUUUGCAGGUUUUUAUUGACACCCAAAUCACGAUCAACCAAUCCGUGGACCGCGCUGGCCUCUCACGUCAUGUCAACCAAUGCAGAGAAUGCGAGUCUGCAAUACCUCCUCCUACGCCUGCAACGGAUUCGCCAAUGUCAUUGAGCACGCCGUCCGCUGCUGGUACCAGCUCCACUAAGCGUGGGCCUAAAGGACCUGAUGGUGGCACCACACGAUUCUUGUUCGAUGCUGAUGAAGCAGUGCGAGAGAAACAGGUUUACGACGAUUAUGCCAAGGAUGAGUACGAGGAAUGGGUUGAAGAAGUUGAGGAACAGGUUCCCGAAUCACGUGAAGACCGACGUCAAGAGCCCCGCGGCCCCAGAGGAGGCCGUCACGGCCACGGACGUGGUCGGGGCGGUUUCGACUCUGGUUGGAACCCUCGCAACCGUCACGACCGCCGUCGUCGUGGAGGCAACUUUUAUUGA